AAUUCCGAUUGGCUGGAGGAGGAAAUCGGCCCGACCAUUAGUCCCUUCUUGAAGAGGCGGAGCUGGGUUGCGUUCUCCUCUGGCCGACGCAGGCCGAACCGGACCGAGGAGAUUCGAGUGGGGCCGAGGCCGGUGGCACCGCGGCCCAGAGCGGAGGUGGCAGGGCGCGCCCCACCCAGCGGCCAGGCGGAGCCUAAGAUGCUGGCUUUUGCCAGGCGGCCCCGCCCGGGCUCCCAGCCGCCUCCGGCCUCGCCCUUUCCGCUGCUGCUGCUGGCGGUGCUGAGCGGCCCGGUAUCCGGCCGCGUUCCCCGCUCGGUUCCCAGGACCUCGCUUCCUAUCUCAGAGGCUGACUCCUAUCUCACCCGGUUCACCGUCCCUCAGACAUACAAUUACUCUGUCCUCCUUGUGGAUCCUGCUUCCCAUACACUUUAUGUCGGCGCCCGGGACACCAUCUUCGCUUUAUCCCUGCCCUUCUCAGGGGAGAGACCCCGCAGGAUUGACUGGAUGGUGCCUGAGGCCCACAGACAGAACUGUAGGAAGAAAGGCAAGAAGGAGGAUGAAUGCCACAAUUUUGUCCAGAUUCUCGCCAUUGCCAAUGCCUCUCACCUCCUCACUUGUGGCACCUUCGCUUUUGACCCGAAGUGCGGGGUUAUUGAUGUGUCCAGUUUCCAGCAGGUUGAAAGACUUGAGAGUGGCCGAGGGAAAUGUCCUUUUGAGCCAGCUCAGCGGUCAGCAGCUGUAAUGGCUGGGGGGGUCCUCUAUGCUGCCACUGUGAAAAACUACUUGGGGACGGAGCCGAUUAUCUCCCGGGCUGUGGGUCGCGCUGAGGACUGGAUUCGGACAGAGACCUUGCCAUCCUGGCUUAACGCCCCAGCCUUUGUUGCAGCCGUGGCCUUGAGCCCAGCCGACUGGGGAGAUGAAGACGGAGAUGAUGAGAUCUACUUCUUCUUUACGGAGACUUCCCGAGCAUUUGACUCGUAUGAGCGCAUUAAGGUCCCACGGGUGGCCCGUGUGUGUGCGGGGGACCUUGGGGGCCGGAAGACCCUCCAGCACAGAUGGACAACAUUUCUGAAGGCUGACCUGCUAUGUCCAGGGCCUGAGCAUGGCCGGGCCUCCAGUGUCCUGCAGGACAUGGCCAUUCUUCGACCUGAGCAUGGAUCGGGGACCUUCAUCUUUUAUGGCAUCUUUUCCUCCCAGUGGGAGGGGGCUGCCAUCUCUGCUGUCUGUGCCUUUCUACCACAAGACAUUCGGACAGUGCUGAAUGGUCCCUUCAGAGAGUUGAAACAUGACUGCAACAGGGGACUGCCUGUCAUGGACAAUGACGUACCCCAGCCCAGACCUGGAGAGUGCAUCGCCAACAACAUGAAACUCCAGCAGUUUGGCUCAUCACUUUCCCUGCCUGACCGUGUGCUCACCUUCAUCCGGGACCACCCACUCAUGGACAGGCCGGUGUUUCCCGCCGAUGGUCAUCCCCUGCUCGUCACUACAGAUACAGCCUAUCUCAGAAUUGUGGCCCACAGGGUGACCAGCCUCUCAGGGAAAGAGUACGAUGUGCUCUACCUGGGGACAGGUACAUUUCAUAGUCAAGUGAGUUGCCCAUCCAGUGCACACAUGCCCCUGUCACAGAGAGGGUCCCAUACAUAUAGGUGUCAGAGUCCCAGGCACAGGUAUAGCUGUCAUUGUGUCUUGCCCCUUGCCUGCUUCCUAGAGGAUGGACACCUCCACCGAGCAGUGCAGAUUGGAGCCCAGCUCAGCGUCCUGGAGGAUCUGGCCUUAUUCCCUGAGCCACAGCCAAUUGAGAGCAUGAAAUUGUAUCAAAACUGGCUCCUGGUGGGCUCCCAUAGUGAGGUGACACAAGUGAACACAACCAACUGUGGCCGUCUCCAGAGCUGCUCAGAGUGCAUCCUGGCCCAAGACCCUGUGUGUGCCUGGAGCUUCCGGCUGGAUGCGUGUGUGGCCCAUGCUGGGGAGCAUGGAGGGUUGGUCCAAGACAUAGAGUCAGCAGAUGUCUCUUCUUUGUGUCCCAAAGAGCCCGGAGAACGCCCAGUAGUGUUUGAAGUUCCUGUGGCUACAGCUGCGCAUGUGGUCUUGCCAUGUUCCCCAAGUUCAGCAUGGGCGUCCUGUGUGUGGCACCGGCCCAGUGGAGUGACUGCACUUACCCCCCGGCGGGAUGGGCUGGAGGUGGUGGUAACCCCAGGAGCCAUGGGUGCUUAUGCCUGUGAAUGUCAGGAGGGUGGGGCUGCCCGUGUGGUGGCUGCUUACAGCUUGGUAUGGGGCAGCCAGCGGGGCCCCCCAAGUCAGGCCCACACAGUAGGGGCGGGACUGGCUGGCUUUGUCCUGGGGGUUCUUGCAGCAUCCCUGACUCUCCUUCUGAUUGGUCGGCGUCAGCAGCGACGGCGACAGAGGGAACUUCUGGCCAGAGACAAGGUGGGCUUGGACCUAGGGGCCCCACCAUCUGGGACCACAAGCUACAGCCAGGACCCUCCCUCUCCUUCUCCUGAAGAUGAGCGGCUGCCCCUGGCCCUGGCCAAGAGGAGCAGUGGCUUUGGUGGCUUCCCUCCCCCCUUCCUGCUUGAUCCUUGCCCGAGCCCAGCCCACAUUCGGCUCACUGGGGCUCCUCUAGCCACAUGUGAUGAAACAUCCAUCUAGGGAAAAUGACCACUAGUGCAUUGGUAGCCCCUGGAGGGGAAUGACCAUUAAGAUGCUGGGGGUAGUGGGCCUGGAAGACGGUCAUGGCCUCUGGAUUCUCUUUUGGUCUUUGUGUAAUCACUUAGACUUGGUGUCUGCCUACUCUGGGCCUGGCUGGGCUCUGGCCCAAGCCUGUGCUUGAUUUCCUGAUUGCCAUGCGAGAUCAGAGCUGCCUUCUCCAGCAAAUCAGGACUUUUCCCAUGCCUGCCCUCUGAACCGCUGCGACCCCUUCAGCCUUGGCCCCCCAUCUUGGGCCCAUUAGUUUGGGGAUGGGGAACAGAACAUAGCUAUGACUUUGCCUUCUGGUGGGCCCUGGCCGGAAGGAAGGCCCCUAGAGGUGGUGUGGGGCUAGUGUGCAUUGAUCUUUUUGUUCAUUCUCUUUAGUUUAUUGGAUUCUCUGUGGGGAGUGCAUGAUCCCCAUGUCGCAACAUGAAAUCUCUGCCCUGAGAUGUCUCCCGACCCAGUUUUCCUUCUUCUGUAAAAGAGUGUGUGUGUGUAUACACAGGUGUUCGUUGGAGGCCUGGCCACAUGUGCAUGAAUGACUGGGCCAAUGCUCAGGUGUACUCAUGAGGGGUCAGGAGGGGAAGGUGGGAAUGGAGGCCUUGCCUGCAGAACUUCAGACCCUGCAGGCAGUGAAGGAAUGGCUUUCCUUUCUAAAAGGAAACAAGCCACCACCCCAUCCCCAUCAUCUCCUACAACCCUUCUCUUGAGUAGAGAAAAACUCCCCAAGUGACCUUUUGGGUGGGAAGGACAGCGGUACAUGUGACCCCAUCUUUCUCUUUGUUUUUGCCUCCUGGCUGCCACCACUGCCACGCACAGCUGUUCUUUUUCUGGCUGGAGUACAGGCUGGACCGCCUUCUUGGCUCCCAUUAAAAAAACUUCACAACAUUCUAAGUGUAAGGGACAACAAAAGGGGAAUAGUCAUAGGAAGUAGAAGUUGCAAAAAAAUAGGUUUGUAUCCGUGACUUUACUCAGGUUGACACCCUCGCCCUAAAUCAGAAGUUCUCCACCUGGGGUCCAUGGACUCCCUGAAAUCAUAUGCAAAAUGUUGUCUGUACCUGUGAGUCUGUGUUUUUAUGGGGGUGGGGGGUUAUGGCUUUCAUCAGAUUCUCAAGGCCUUAACAAAGUUAAAGGACCACGCCUCGAGGUCGCCAUACAUUGGCCAAGCUGAGGGGUGCCACACAGCGGCAGCUCUUCCUGCCCCACCAUCCCUUCCCUGUGGCCCGCCCUGGACUUGCAGCCGCUGGAUGCCCUCUUGUUUCUCCCAUCCCUGGAAACUGGGCUCUGUGUGUAUUUGAAGAUACUGUCAACUCCUACCAAACAUAAAGACCUCUUCCUGCUUCACAGCUCCCAGAUGCUCUAGGCUUCUCCUGCUCAGUCCUGAUCUUGGCCUGUGUAUGUGCCUCGUUCAUCCCUGGUUGGGGACCCCCUUGAGCUCCAGUGAAUGAUCCAGCCCUUCUCAGUUGAAGUCUCAACUCUACUUACCUUGGCAGCAACCUGUGAACUACUCAAAAGAGUCCCCUUGGGUUUGGGAUUAUCAGUGGCUUUGCCACUAAUAAGUGUAUGAUUUUCAGCAAGUAAUCUAAUAUAGGAACAUUGGUUUACUCAUCUGUAAAGUGGGGAUAAUAAUACCUACCUCAGGGUUGCUGCAAGGAUUAAAUGGGGAAACAUGUAAACAAUAAAGCGCUAUCUAUUCCAGUA